CCUUUUUUUCUCCUCUCCUCCUUCGCCCGCCUCCUUGUGGCGAUGAGGAGGAGGAGGACGACGCCGAGGAGGAAGAGGUUGAUGGCGGCGGCGAAGAGGCAGCAGGAGGAGGAGAAGACGACGACCCCCCGGAGGAUGAAGAUGGUGGUGUUGGCGGCGGCGAGGAAGCACCAGCAGCCCCACAGCCGGAUUUAAUUCGAUUUGUAAACCCACCAACCCCGCAUAUUUGUGUUCGGAGAAGGGUUUGUUCUGCUCUUUUCAUCCUUGUUUUUCCCUGUGGGCCGGAGGAAAGACUGCUUCCACACCCUAUUUCCCAUCUCUGUUCCCCCUUAGUCGCUGCUACCCAACAGAGAUAGAUCCCGAGGGGCAGAAAAAGAGGAACUUUGUCCCUUUCUUCUUCAGUUCCUUCUCUUACUGUUGUUCGGUUGAUUCCGGAUCCAAGAAGAAGGCAGACGACUUUGACGAACCCCAUCUUUAAUUUGGGCUCUGUUUGUCUAAAAAGAAUUAAAAAUGGCCGAGAAUGUGGUGGAGUCGGGCCCGCCUUCAGCCAAGAGGCCUAAACUCUCCUCACCGGCGCUCUCUGUCUCUGCAAGCGAUGGCACAGAUUUUGGAUCCCUGUUUGAUCUGGAACAUGACUUACCAGAUGAACUGAUCAGCUCCACAGAAUUGGGACUUACCAAUGGUGGUGACAUUAAUCAGCUGCAGACUAGUCUUGGUAUGGCACAAGAUGCUGCUUCAAAACACAAACAGUUGUCUGAACUGUUACGUGCUGGUAGCUCACCAAACCUUAAUAUGGGAGUUGGUGGGCCAGGUCAGGGCAUGGCCAGCCAGCCCCAGCAGAACAAUCCAGGAAUGGGAAUCUUAAACAGUAUGGUCAAAAGCCCCAUGGCACAGGCAGCAUUGACAUCUCCAAAUUUGGGGAUGGGUGCAAGUGGGCCAAAUCAAGGUCCGUCUACUCAACCCACUGCAGGAAUGAUGCCAGCAGUGAACAAUCCGGUAAAUCAGCCUGGAAUGGGAAUGAAUGCAGGAAUAAAUGCUGGCAUGAAUCCUGGUAUGUUGGCUUCAGGAAAUGGACAAGGCAUGAUGCAGGGGCAAGUUUUGAAUGGUUCGAUUGGAGCAGGAAGAGGACGUUCCAACAUGUCAUACUCAAACCCAGGAAUGGGUAAUGCUGGUAACUUGUUGGCUGAGACAUUGCAGCAAGGUUCUCAGCAGAUGGGAGGACAGACAGGCUUGAGGGGUCCACAGCCUGGAGCAAUGGGCAAGAUGGGAAUGAUGAACAACCCCGGUCCUUAUGUACCACCAUACAGCCAGAAUCCUGGACAACCAAUUGGAUCCAGUGGACUUGGUCCCCAGAUGCAAAAUAAGCCUGUAUUACCUAACAGUUUACCCCAGUUUCCAAUGGACAAGAAGCCAGUGCCUGGUCCAGUAAUGCCUAAUAUGGGUCAACAGCAGACACCUCCAGUUCAGCAGGCUGGGAUGGUGUCAACUGCCCCCCAGGGCAUGGGAUCAGGAGCACCAACUGCAGACCCAGAAAAGCGCAAGCUCAUUCAGCAGCAACUUGUUCUCCUCCUACAUGCUCACAAAUGUCAGCGGCGGGAACAAGCAAAUGGUGAGGUGCGGCAGUGCAACCUCCCUCAUUGUCGAACCAUGAAGAAUGUCCUCAACCACAUGACACAUUGCCAGGCGGGAAAAUCUUGCCAGGUGGCUCACUGUGCAUCUUCACGACAAAUCAUAUCGCACUGGAAGAAUUGUACACGGCAUGACUGUCCUGUGUGUCUCCCUCUCAAGAAUGCUGGGGACAAAAGAAAUCAACAAUCAUUAUUAGGUGGUGCUGCAGUAGGACUUGGAAAUUCUGGCUCUGUAGGGGUUGGUCAGCAGACAACCCCCAACAUAAAUACUGCUAACCAGAUUGACCCCAGUUCGAUUGAGAGGGCUUAUGCUGCCCUUGGACUGACGUAUCAAGGGAAUCAGAUGCAGACGCAAACACAAGCUCAAGUGAAGAGCCAGCAGCAAGGACAGUCACCGCAGGGACUUCGCCCCAUGAAUCCUACAAAUGCUAAUCCUAUGGGAGUGAAUGGAGGUGUUGGUGUUCAAGCCCAGAGUCUUCUACCUGAAUCAAUGUUGCAUCCAGCUAUGAAUUCUCAAAAUACCAUGAUGAAUGAAAAUGCCAAUGUUGCCAGUUUGGGAGCCAUGCCAACAGCAACACAUCCUUCUGGCAUUGGAAUUCGGAAACCAUGGCAUGAAGAUAUUACUCAGGACCUCAGAAAUCACCUUGUUCAUAAACUAGUACAAGCCAUAUUUCCAACUCCUGACCCUGCAGCACUAAAAGAUAGGCGCAUGGCAAAUCUUGUUUCCUAUGCUCGGAAAGUAGAAGGCGACAUGUAUGAAUCAGCAAAUAGCAGGGCAGAGUACUACCACUUAUUAGCAGAGAAAAUUUAUAAGAUCCAGAAGGAACUGGAGGAAAAGAGGAGGACCAGGCUACAAAGGCAGAAUAUGAUACCAAAUGCCCCAGUCAUGCCACCAGCUCCUAUCAGUCAGGGGCCCAUGGGGCAGCCACAACCCGUGAUGACAGCAAACGGUCCUCUUCCCGAUCCAUCUAUGAUUCGUGCCAAUGUGCCAAACCAGAUGGUGAAUCGAAUGCAGACACCAUCAGGAAUGAAUCAGUUUGGCCAGAUGACCAUGCAAAUGCAGUCAGUUGGACCCCGGCAAACUCCUCCCCUUCAGCACCCUGGACAGCUAAGCCAGACGGGGACCAUGAACCAGAUGGGAUUUUCCCCACGUAUGCAACAAGGGGUGUCACAACCUUCCAAUCAAAGUCAGUUCCUUCAGCAGACCCAAUAUCCUACAUUGUCUCCUGGAAUGAAUCCAACAAGCACGCCUAUGACUCAACCUGGCAAUCAGACUCCCACGUCUCAAGCACAAAUGACCAGCUCUUCCUGUCCUGUGACUUCUCCAGUAGUGGCGCCAGGUUCUCAAGGGAGUCAUAUUCAUUGCCCUCCUAUUCCACAGUCUACUUUACAUCGAAACUCUCCUUCUCCAGUACCAAGUCGUACUCCCACACCUCACCAUACACCCCCAGGACUGGUAUCCCAGCAGCAGCAGCAGCAGCAGCAGCAGCAGCAGCAGCAGCAACCAGCACCACCACAGGCAACAAUUGCGUCUGCUCCUGCCACUGUUCCUCAAGCGAUGCCACCUGGGCCACCGUCACAAACUAUGCACCCCCCACAGAGGCAGACCCCAACACCUCCCCAGGCUCAGCUGACUCCGCAAGUGCAGCCUCCAGUUUCUGUUACCCCUUCUGCAGAGCAGCAGCUGCCACAGCAACCUCUUUCGCAACAGAGCACGACUGCAUCUGUGCCCACCCCUACAGCAGCACUGCAGCCUCAGCAUCCUACAACACCCCUUUCACAUCCAGGUGCAAACAUUGAUGGGCAAGUAUCAAACCCACCAUCCACCAACAGUGCAGAUGUGAACUCUCAACAGGCUGCUCCUGAACAGCAGCAGCAGCAGCCUUUGCCUGAAAUUAAAAUGGAGAUUAAAAUGGAAGAGGAGGAGUCAGAACAAACAGAUCUUCAAAUGGAGGAGAAGCCAGAGGUUAAGGUAGAAUCCAUGUCUGAGGAAUGCAAAUCUGAAUCAACAGAGCAAGAAGAGAAAAAGCCAGAAGUGAAGCAAGAAGUGAAGGAAGAGGAGGAAAGACCUAGUACUCCAGGUACUCAGUCUUCACCAGCUUCAGGACAGUCAAAGAGGAAAAUUUUCAAGCCAGAAGAGUUGAGGCAGGCACUUAUGCCAACUUUGGAGGCACUUUACCGUCAGGACCCAGAGUCCCUUCCCUUCCGACAGCCUGUGGAUCCCCAACUACUAGGAAUUCCUGAUUACUUUGAUAUAGUAAAGAACCCCAUGGAUCUUUCUACAAUCAAGAGGAAGCUUGACACAGGACAGUACCAGGAGCCCUGGCAGUAUGUCGAUGAUAUUUGGCUCAUGUUCAACAAUGCCUGGCUUUACAACCGCAAAACAUCUAGAGUAUAUAAGUACUGUUCCAAGCUGGCAGAGGUGUUUGAGCAGGAAAUUGAUCCAGUUAUGCAGAGCCUUGGCUAUUGUUGUGGACGAAAGUUGGAGUUUUCACCACAGACUUUAUGUUGCUAUGGCAAACAGUUAUGCACAAUCCCACGAGAUGCUACAUAUUACAGUUACCAAAACAGUUCACCCAAAUAUGGCCUUCUUGCCGACAGGUAUCAUUUCUGUGAGAAGUGCUUCAAUGAAAUCCAAGGAGAGAGCGUUUCUUUGGGGGACGACCCAUCACAGCCUCAAACCACAAUAAAUAAAGACCAGUUUUCUAAAAGGAAAAAUGAUACACUGGACCCUGAACAGUUUGUUGAAUGUAUAGAAUGUGGAAGAAAAAUGCAUCAGAUUUGUGUGCUUCACAAUGAGACAAUCUGGCCAUCUGGCUUUGUUUGUGAUGGUUGCCUAAAGAAAACUGGGCGAACCCGGAGAGAAAAUAAAUUUUGUGCUCGAAGGUUACCAGCCACAAGACUUGGUACAUUCUUAGAGAACAGAGUGAAUGAGUUCCUGAGAAGACAGAAUCACCCUGAGUCAGGCGAAGUCAUAGUUAGGGUGGUUCAUACUUCAGAGAAAACUGUAGAGGUAAAGCCAGGGAUGAAAGCAAGGUUUGUAGAUAGUGGAGAGAUGGCAGAACAGUUCCCUUAUCGAACAAAAGCCCUCUUUGCUUUUGAGGAGAUUGAUGGUGUCGAUUUGUGCUUUUUUGGUAUGCAUGUUCAGGAGUAUGGAUCAGAUUGCCCUCAACCCAAUCAGAGGAGAGUAUACAUAUCUUACCUUGACAGUGUUCACUUCUUUCGCCCCAAAUGCCUGAGGACUGCUGUAUAUCAUGAAAUCCUAAUAGGAUACCUCGAAUACGUUAAAAAGUUGGGGUAUACAACGGGACAUAUAUGGGCCUGCCCACCUAGUGAAGGUGAUGAUUAUAUUUUCCAUUGCCAUCCUCCUGACCAAAAGAUACCCAAACCCAAACGACUGCAAGAGUGGUACAAAAAGAUGCUGGAUAAAUCUGUGUCAGAGCGCAUAGUGCAUGAUUACAAGGAUAUUUUUAAGCAGGCAACAGAAGACCGUCUGACAAGUGCAAAAGAGCUGCCUUACUUUGAAGGGGACUUCUGGCCUAAUGUUUUAGAAGAGAGCAUUAAGGAGCUAGAGCAAGAGGAAGAGGAGCGAAAGAGAGAAGAGAACACUAGCAAUGAGAGCACUGAUGUCAGCAAAGGAGAUAGCAAAAACGCCAAAAAGAAAAAUAAUAAGAAGACCAGUAAAAAUAAGAGCAGCUUGAGUCGUGGUAAUAAAAAGAAACCUGGAAUGCCUAAUGUCUCCAACGACCUUUCCCAGAAACUGUAUGCCACUAUGGAAAAGCAUAAGGAGGUAUUCUUUGUGAUCCGUCUCAUUGCUGGUCCUCAAGCCAAUUCCCUGCCUCCCAUCAUUGAACCUGACCCACUCAUUCCGUGCGACUUAAUGGAUGGGCGUGAUGCCUUCCUCACCCUUGCUAGAGACAAACACCUUGAGUUUUCCUCACUACGAAGGGCAAUGUGGUCAACCAUGUGCAUGCUGGUAGAGCUUCAUACUCAGAGCCAGGAUCGUUUUGUUUAUACCUGCAAUGAGUGCAAACACCACGUGGAAACAAGGUGGCACUGCACAGUCUGUGAGGAUUAUGACUUAUGUAUCACCUGCUAUAACUCUAAAAACCAUGAGCACAAGAUGGAGAAACUGGGCCUUGGUAUCGACGAUGAAAGCAACAACCAACAGACAGCCACUACGCAGAGUCCUGGUGAUUCACGUCGCCUGAGCAUCCAGCGCUGCAUCCAGUCUUUGGUCCAUGCCUGCCAGUGCCGCAAUGCCAACUGCUCAUUGCCGUCUUGCCAGAAGAUGAAGAGGGUCGUCCAGCACACCAAAGGUUGCAAGCGCAAAACCAAUGGAGGGUGCCCCAUUUGCAAGCAGCUCAUUGCUCUUUGCUGCUACCAUGCUAAGCACUGCCAGGAGAACAAGUGCCCAGUGCCCUUUUGCCUCAACAUCAAACACAAGCUUCGUCAGCAGCAGCUUCAGCACCGCCUGCAGCAGGCCCAGAUGCUCCGGAGGAGGGUGGCAAGCAUGCAGAGGACCGGCAUAGUAGGCCAGCAGCAAGGGUUGCCCUCGCCAACACCAGCCACACCAACAACUCCGACAGGCCAGCAGCCACCAACUCCUCAGACCCCACAGCCGCAGCCUCCACCCCAGCAUGCCUCGCAGCCACAACCCGUACCUCCCAAUAACAUGCCUCCAUAUAGCAUGUCAAGAACUCAGCCUCCUGGAGCUGUCUCCCAAGGCAAGGCAGGUGGCCAGGUAACUCCUCCAACAACUCCUCAGGCUACUCAGCCACCUAUGCCGGGGCCCCCUGCAGCUGCCGUGGAAAUAGCCAUGCAGAUCCAGCGAGUAGCUGACCACCAGCGGCAGAUGGCCCAUCCAAUUUUCCAGAGGCCAAUUCAACACCAGAUGCCCCAGAUGAAUCAAAUACAGCCUAUGAGUGUAGCACCACCUCAGAUGGCCAGAGGUCCCGGGGGCCACAUAGAUCAAGGGAUGGGACCAUCAGGAAUUCAGCAGCAGCCCGCAUGGGCCCAGGGAGGCUUGCCUCAACCUCAGCAGCUGCAGUCAGGAAUGCAGAGACCAAUGAUGUCAAUGGGCCAGGCUGGGCAGCAGAUGAGUAUGUCACCGCAGCAGCCAGGAAUGGGUCAGGUCCCUGGCGCUGCUCCGUCAAAGCAAAGCUCUGUGCCCCAGGCAGCCUUACAAAACCUGCUGCGGACUCUCAGGUCCCCCAGCUCUCCCAUGCAGCAGCAGCAGGUGCUUAACAUCCUGCACUCCAACCCUCAGCUGUUAGCUGCUUUCAUCAAGCAGAGGGCUGCCAAGUAUGUGGGGAACCAGAAUCCACAGGGCAUGCCGGGACAGCCUGGGAUGCCUCAAGGGCAACCAGGGAUGCAGCAGCAGGCCAUGCCAGGACAGCAAGGUGUGCAUCCCAAUCAAGGCAUGCAAAAUAUGAAUCCGAUGCAAGCAGGCGUCCAGAGGCCCAGCAUGCCCCAGCAGUCGCCACCCCAGCAGCCACCACCCCAGCAGGCCAUGGGCGGGAUGAAUCCUCAGGCACAGCAAAUGAACAUGAAUCCUGCAGCAACCAUGUCUCCCCAGUUUCGGGAAAUCCUAAUGAGACGGCAGCUGAUGGAGCAGCAGCAGCGUCAGGGAGCAGGACCAGGGCUGGGGCCUGGCAUGGCCAACCAUAAUCAGUUCCAGCAGCCCCAGGGAGUUGGGUACUCUCAGCAGCAGCAGCAGCAGCAGCAGCAGCAGCAGCAACAACAGCGGAUGCAGCAUCACAUGCAGCAAAUGCAACAAGGGAAUAUGGGACAAAUGAGCCAGCUUCCACAAGCGAUGAGUGCAGAGACGGGAUCCAGUUUGCAGCAAGUGUUCCAGCAGAGGCUACUUCAGCAGCAGAUGGGAUCACCAGCUCAGCCCAAUCCUAUGAGUCCCCAACAGCACAUGCUCCCUAGCCAGGCCCAGUCCCCACACUUACAAGGCCAGCAGAUUCCGUCAUCGCUCACCAAUCAAGUGCGUUCUCCACAGCCUGUCCCUUCACCACGUCCCCAGUCCCAGCCACCCCACUCCAGUCCGUCCCCUAGGAUGCAGCCACAACCUUCUCCACAUCACGUCUCCCCGCAGACCAGCUCCCCUCAUCCAGGACUGGUAGCUGCCCAGGCUAACCCCAUGGAUCAAGGGCACUUUGCCAGCCCGGACCAGAGUGCAAUGCUUUCUCAGCUUGCUAGCAAUCCAGGCAUGGCAGGCCUCCAUGGUGCAAGUGCCACAGAACUGGGACUCGGCUCAGAUAAUUCAGACUUGAAUUCAAACCUUUCACAGAGUACACUAGACAUACACUAAGACACACUGUAGCAUUUUGGGAGCAAAAAAAACUUAUUUUCUCAAGACUUUUUGUACUGAAGACAAUUUUUUUGAAUCUUUCUUAGCAGAACAUUUUUCCCUGGAAUACAUCUGAACUCUGCAGCAGUAGUUUGUGGUUUUAAAAAUGAGAAACCAACAAAAUGAACCUGAGGGACAAUAGAAUACAAAGAAAAUAUAUUUUUGUUAUGGCUGGGGUCAUAACCAGUCCUUUUACUUGUUUUUGUUUUCCCUUCGCGUGCGUUGGGGAGGUGCUUGGGAGGGGAUAGUUAUUUGGCUGCUGACCAAAUGGCUUCCUUCUCUAGCCUCCAAUAGGUUUUAUUUUUUUUUUAAAUUAAUGAAAAUAUGUAAUAUUGAUAGUUAUAAUUUACUGAGGCAGAUGGUUAACUUUUUUCCCUAUUCUGGUUUUUCUCAUGCCUACUGCAAAAAAGAAAAAAAGAAAAACAGAAAAAACAGAACAUUUCCUAAAACUGGAGGACAAAAAGGGUGAAUGUUGCUUUAAAAUACAGUGCAUAUAUAUAAAUAUAUAAAAAUAUAUAUUAAAGAUAAAUACCAAUUUUUCCUCUUUGGUUGGAAAGAUGUCAAUUCUUUUAAAAACUGUAAAAAUUAUUAAGUAACCCAGUCUCCCUCCUGAAGUCUACUUUUGUCCUCCAAGAAUUUUCUAUACCAGAGUCUGAGCUUAAACUUCAAGUAUUAAAAUUUGUACAUGUAGAGAGAAGACAACUUUUUGCAAAUACACGGGGCAGCUGCCAAAUGGAUGUAGUAUAUAUAUUGUGGUUUUGUUUUCUUGAAAGAAUUUUUUUCGUUAUUUUUACAUCUAACAAAGGAAAAAAUAAAGAGGGUAAGAAACUAUUCCAAGGGUAUAAUUUUAACCUGAGAGUAAAUCCCUGGGGUUUCUUCUUUAUGCUUGCUUUCUCUAUCCCUCCCCUCCCAUUUCCUCCUCUUCCAUUUUCUGUAAAACUUGAAAAUAGAAAGCAAAAAACCCUCAAAUGUUGUAAAUCAUGCAAUUAAAGUUGAUUACUUAUAAAUAUGAACUUUCGAUCACUGUAUAGACUGUUAAUUGAUUUCUUAUUACCUAUUGUUAAAUAAACUGUGUGAGACAGACUGA